GCAGUGACGAUAUAAUGAUUCUCCUCCUUCUCAGGCCCGUCUUCCCUUAAAGCCGCCAGAACAGGCGCUGCGAGGCGCAAAGCGCACAACGUGUUCUUGGAGACUUCCUGAGAGGUUUACGCGCGACGCCACGACAGAGGCUGGAGCCGAAGUUGGACGCAGUUCGGCUCAGUUUGUGUUUCGGAAACAACCUCUUUCCGUUUUUAACUCACCUGCCUCUUUCCUCUCGGAUCUUGGCUUCUUUCAUUCGGCUCUGGGUGACUUCUGCGGCGGAUCUCCGGCGCGCUGUGACCGUUUCAGGCUGGGGGAGUGGAAACAAGUUCUGGCAGAAAACAAACUGAAGUGUUUUUUCAAACAGAGCACAGAAAGAGACGAUGAUCCCACCGACUAACGCAGUUCAGGACGACAGCGGCGGCAAAGAGGACGAACGGGACCAGGAUGAGGCUCCAAAAUCCCCGACGAUGAGCGCCAGCCAGCAGGAAACCAAGAAUACUGUGAGACCUGAACAUCACAAGCGCAAGCUACAGAGACUCAAACGCUCCCUUUCCUUCAAGACCAAGAGCAUCCGCAGCAAGAGCGCCGACAACUUCUUCCGGAACAGCAGCGAGAACAAGACGGAGCUCCUCUCAGAUGUGAGCAGCAGCACGGGCCAUCUCUGCAACAUUGGGAUGGCCCCGCCGCACACAAGCAACCUCCCCAUUCCUCCGGUGCCUCCGGCCAUUCCUUGUGCUCCUCCCCCAACGUCCCGGUCCCAGGCACGCAACCCGCUGCAGGUGGACUCGGCUGGGCACUGCUUCAUGGAGCACAUCUUCAAGAAGCCCACAUUCUGCGAUGUCUGCAACCACAUGAUAGUAGGAACAACAGCCAAGCACGUGGUGUUCCUGGCAGGAAACACAGCAAAGCAUGGCCUAAGGUGCAAAGCCUGCAAGAUGAGCCUACACCACAAAUGUGAGAAUGGAGUCGGACAGCAGCGCUGCAUGGGGAAACUGCCAAAAGGUUUUCGGCGAUACUACAGCUCUCCAUUACUGAACCAGGAACAAUAUGGCUGCAUUAAAGAAGUCAUGCCCAUUGCCUGUGGGAAUAAGGUGGACCCAGUAUAUGAAGCUCUGAGGUUUGGGACAUCACUGGCACAAAAGGCCAAGAGGGCCAGCGGCUCAGAUUCUCCACACAGAAACUCAGCCAGUGAUUUGGAUAAUGUUCCAGAGGAGGUUAUGGCUCACAGCAGUAGGCAGGAGCUGUCAAGAAAACACAGUGAUGAUGUUUUCACAGUCAUUCAGAAUGGAGCAGAGUGUUUAUACCUGCCAGGGAGAAAAGCUGAUGAUUUGCCAAUGGAGCAGAUCCAGCUGCAGAAAGAUCCACUCAAGCUCAACACUUUGGUGGCCUUGUACGAUUACAGCGCCCAAGAGAGCCACGACCUGGAGAUGAGAGCAGGAGACAGAAUAUUGUUGGCAGAUGAUUCUAAUGAUGAUUGGUGGAAGGGGGUGAUUGAGGACAGGAUUGGCUACUUCCCAGCUGCAUUUGCUCAUGAGCUGCAGGAGGCAGAUCAUGUGUUCAGGUGCAACAGGACGUUCAUUGGCUGCAAAGAACAAGGACAGCUAACUCUGAAGGAGGGGCAGAUCUGUGUGAGCAGUGAGGGUGAGCGCGGCGGUUUCAUCAGGGUGGCGUUUGGAAAGAAGAGAGGCUAUGUGCCCUGUGAUGUCCUGGAAAUCAUCUGAGACAAAGACUCUGAGAAAGGAUUACAGGGAUAAAGAGGGAGGCUGGGUCAGCCACCAGGAUGGAGGACCAGAGGUGGAGGACCAGACAGUGCAGGAAGUGAGGUGUUCACAUCGUCACAGACUGGAUUUUAUAAAAGCAAUGAUGGUUUUGGCACCAAAAGCUCAGAAAAACCCCAGCCCAGACAGUCCUACUCAAGAAGAUGCUGUGUCAUCAAACUGCUUUCUGAUUGCAAGGAGACAGGAGAUCACUGUGUCACUGUUUUUUACUUUUAAUUUAUAGAGCCUGUUUUUUUUCUGUAGUCCAUUUUACUAUAAGCAGUUACUCAUAUAAAAAAAUAGCUUGAAGUGUAAAAACAUAGAUAACUGCUCUUUGAAAUGAUUAUUUUUACAGCUUUUACUACAUAAACAGGAUUCCCCUCUUACAUAGUUUUAGUCCCAAGGCUUUUGUACUAUUGUAUUUUACACAUAAAUGUUGCAUUUGUACAGUAGUAAGAAUAGUAAGUGUAGUUUUGUAUGGCCUUCUACUAAUCCCACACAGCAAUAUAAAUCUCUAAAUAUGUCUCUUUACAAUAAGAGAAUGGCAAUGUUUAAACCUUGGUUUGUUCUAAACGUUUAUGUAUUUUGUUAUUACAUAUUUAUACAUCUGCUCAUCUGGACACUGUUCCUAACCGUUUAACCUAACCUUCAACAAAACCACAUGUUUCUGCAGUAAUAGCUCAGAAACAAUUAAACAGAAAGAGCAAGACAAGAAUGUGUGGAUAUAGUCGCUAAAUCCAAAAAAAUCUCUUUUUCCGAUAUGACCCUCACAGGGUCCAAAUUAUUCAGAAACAUUUCCAAACAUUAAUGUAAAUUAAUUAAAGACCCUAAUGUUUACAUGAAAUAUUAUCUUCUGUUAACUCCCCAUAAACAUUCUGUUCAGAGUGUAAUCGAUUAAAUAUGAUCCUGGACGAGCCCCCGAAUUGUUAAAGCAGAAAAUCUGCAAAAUCAGGCAAACACCAAUUUUAUUAAAUUUUUUGUAUUCAAUAUAAAAUUAUGGAAAAAAGGGGGACAGAGGAAGCUGUGCUGUCAUACCCAAUGUAACUGAGGGUCAUGAGAAUAGACAUGGUUUUUAAGGACAUUCCUGUCAAGCAGUGCCAAAAUCAGACAUAGAUAUUGCCUAAAUAGAUAAAAUAAGAUCAAUAAAUACAUUUUUGGUUGAAAUUGUAAUUUAAUGAAAUGUGACCGAGCAUGUUAACUGAAUCAUUCAACCUACAGCCUUUCUCAAGACAUAAACUGCUGCCUGCUACUUGUUCCAGCAUGUUGUCAACACAUCAGGAUGGUUGUAAGCAAAAAGGAAAUGGGGUAAAAACUAGAAAAUUGAUUGAGUCUCUUCAUUUGGAGUAGUUUGAGUGGAAUGGGCCUUUGCAUGAGAGAGUAAUGAAACUGCAUUCUAACAUGUAAACAAGAAAAAUCAACACAAUACCCUAAAUGUAACUCAUGUAAAGAACACAGCUGUAACACUGUCCAAUAUAUGUUAAGGAAAGUAGUCAUAAUAUACAGUAGCUGUGCAUUUAAACACUGGCCACUAUCAUUGGUCUUAUUUAAUUAUACCAUACUGAGCUGAAAACCAUGAGCCCUUUGACCCUCCAGUCACAGAGCCUGGUUUCUUUUGGACAUAUGGCAGCUUUUGUCAUUGUUCUGUCCACUUCUUGUCCCAAACAUUAGUAUCACAGGCAUAAAGUUUUACUAUUUAUUUUGCCAAAGAGUUAUUAGCUGAAGACGUGACAUUUCUCACCAAUGUGUGCAGUGUUUUCUUUAAAACUGAACUGAAGUUGCAGACCUAAAGAACAUGCAUGUUAAAUGAAAAUGGCUUUCAUUUAAAAACAAAACAUACAGCAAAAUCCCGACACAUGAUCUAUUAAUUGAAUUCUGUUUACACUUAAACUUUCACUGGAAAUAACCUUGUUGGUGUAUGUAAAACAGUAUGCAUGUCACACUGUACUAUUUUCUGCAUGUUUGAUUUGAUGUAACAAACUGCCACCAACUACCUAAAAUGUGUUCCUUGUUUUGUUGGGCCACAUAAAUUGCCCUCAGUAUGGUCUGGUAAAAGAUCAAGCUGAAUUUAUCUAAAGAAAAACCUUGAAACACCUUGCUUGACAAAAUAUUUAAUCAAGAUUUACAUAAAACUUUCCCAAAUCCAAGAAAUGCAUUUGGCCCAAGAUUAGUACAUCCACUCUGUACUAUAAAGGGAUACACAUCUGUCUGCCUAAAUACCCAGUGUAAGGUGCAAUGCCUCCAUUCUAUAUAUAGUCUGCCAGCUCUACCUGUCUUAAACAUUAUUUCUAUAUGAUUCCUUGUUUUAAUGUUAAGAUGCUUUAUGGUGUUUUUGUUUCUUUUCUCAAAGACAUCAGGUACUUAAACUACAGUGUUGUGAAAGUACUUGCCUCUUUUGUUUUUGCUUUUUUUUGUCAUUCAGACUUUUAGGAUAAUCAAACAACGUGUUUUUAAUUUUCAUUAUCGGAUUACCUGAGUAAACACAAAAACUUCUUUUAAAUGAUGAUUUCAUUUUAGGGAGAAAAGCUAUCCAAACCAACCUGGUCCUAUGUAAAAACUAACUGCCACAUCCAGGCAUCAAUUAGACCAGGCCUUGAAUAGAACAUGUCUGGCAACAUGAAGUAUGCUAAAAAUUAGCUUGAAAAUGUGUUUUGGUAGAUAUUUAGUAAUAAGACACAAAAAUACUAAAUACUCAACGUAUGGCCUGAUCUAAAGAACUUCAAGAACAGAUGAGAAAAAAAGUCACAGAUAUCUGUAAUUCUGGAAAGGGUUACACAACUACUUCUAAGGCUCCAGAGAACCACAAUGAGAACCAAUAUCCACAAAUGGAAAAAACAUGAAACCGUGGUGAUCUUUACCAUGAGGGGCCAGCUUACCUAAAUUACUUAUCCACGACUCAUCCAGGCGGUCACAAAAGAACAUAAAACAACAUCUAACGCUCUGCAGGCCUCACUUCCCUCAGUUAAGGUCAGAGGUCAUGAUUUAACAAUAAGAAAGACACUGGGCAAAAAUUGACUCUAAAAAUUGAAUUCCCAGGGCAAACCCAUAGCUGACCAAAAAGAACACAAAGCCUGUUUCACAUUACCCAAAAAAACAUCUUGAUGGUCCCCAAGACUCUUGGGAAAAUAUUCUGUGGACUUACGAGAAAAAAGUUGAACGUUUGAAAGCUAAAUCCCAUAAUAUCUUUUGUAAAACUAACGACAUUUCAGAAAAAGAGCCUCACAUAUAAUACCAAACAUUAGUGAUAGUCUGAUGGUGAGGGGCUGCUUUGUUGCUACAGGAGCCAUAACUCAUAGAACAAUGAAUUCUGCUUUCUACCAGAAAAUCUGGAAGGUCAGUGUCUGACCAUCAGAUUGUGACCUCAAGCUUACACUCACCUGAGUUAUGCAGCACAACAAUCAUCCAAAGCACACAAGCAAGUCCUGCUAUGAAAGGCUCAAAACAACUAGAUAAAGUUUUGAAGUGGCCUAGUCCAAGUCUGGACCUUAUCCAAUUAACAUACUGUGGUAUAACUUUAAAAUGGCCUUUCAAGCAAUAAAAACCUGCAGUGUGGCUGAAUUAAAUCUGUUUUGUAGAGUGAGCCAAAGUUGCUCAUCAGCAAUGUAAAAUACUAAUCAGCCCUUUUCACAUCAUAACUCAGAAUAAACACACAACCACAAACAUCCCCCAUCCCCCCUUUAAUUGGUCUCUCUAAAUUGUCUUUAGGUAAAAGUGUGCGUGCAUAAUUGUCUGUCCUGUGUGUCUCUGGGUUGCUCUGUGAUGGACUGGCUGCUUGUCCAGGUUGUACCCCGCCUCUUGCCCCGCACACAGGAAAGGAUAAGAGAGUAUAGAAAAUGGAGGGAUGGAUUUCCCCAGGGCUGAUUUCUGUGCCAUGUUUGUCAUGUACACUGUCUAAAUCUGGUCAGUGCUUCAAAUACAACCAACGUUUUUUCU